AUGUUUCUGCGGGAUGAAACCAGAGUAGCUGGAGAAAACCCUCAGAAGCUCCGGGAGAACAUGGACGAUCCUGCUGGGAGUCCAACCAGGAACCAGCUAGAUGUGGGCACUAAUAUAUGUGAACAUCGAGAGACGGCAGCAGGCUCAGACCUGUCUCGUCUGUCGCUGUCCACCUUCACUGCAGCACUGAAAAGGUGGUACACCCUCUGUGAAAGCUUUUACAUAUCAGGACCAAAGAGACACUCAUCUUUACCAGCUCUGACAAUUCACACCAUGUUUGACGGACUGUCAUUUAUCGAUGAGCUGAUCGUCUUAACUGAUGACCUCAUCAUCAUCACUGAUGAAAUGAUCAUCAGCAGAACCAUGUUUGGAGGAAACCAGCAGAACCACCUGAGACCCAUUAUCAAGCACGGAGGUGGAGGGAUGCUGUCGGCCGUCUUUAGAUCGUCGGCCGUCUCUAGGCCAUUGGACUUCUUUAGGUUGUUGGCCGUCUCUAGGUCGUUGGACUUCUCUAGGUCGUCGGCCGUCUCUAGUUUGUCGGCCAUCUCUAGGUUGGUGGACUUCUCUAGAUCGUUGGCCGUCUCUAGGUCGUCAACCGUCUCUAGGCCUUUGGCCAAUUCUAGGUCGGUGGACUUCUCUAGGUCGGUGGACUUCUUUAGAUCGUUGACCGUCUCUAGGUCCUUGGACUUCUUUAGGUUGUUGGACUUCUCUAGGUCGUUGGACUUCUCUAGGUCGUCAACCAUCUCUAGGCCGGUGGCCGUCUCUAGGUCGUUGGCCAUCUCAAGGUCGGUGGACUUCUCUAGGUCGGUGGAUGUCUCUAGGUCGUUGGCCGUCUCUAGGUCGGUGGACUUCUUUAGAUCGUCAACCGUCUCUAGGGCGGUGGACUUCUCUAGGUCAGUGGACUCUUCUAGGUCGUCAACCGUCUCUAGGCCGGUGGCCUUCUCUAGGUUGUUGGCCAUCUCUAGGUCGGUGGACUUCUCUAGGUCGUCAACCGUCUCUAGGCCGGUGGCCUUCUCUAGGUUGUUGGCCAUCUCUAGGUCGGUGGACUUCUCUAGAUCGUCGGCCGUCUCUAGGUUGUUGGACUUCUCUAGGUCGUUGGACUUCUCUAGGUCGUUGGACUUCUCUAGGUCGUCAACCGUCUCUAGGUCGGUGGACUUCUCUAGGUCGUUGGCCGUCUCUAGGUCAGUGGACUCUUCUAGGUCGGUGGACUUCUUUAGGUCGUCGGUCGUCUCUAGAUCGUCGACCGUCUCUAGGUCAGUGGACUCUUCUAGGUCGGUGGACUUCUCCUGGUCAGGUCUCCGCGGGGUUUCUCAGGAACCAGCUGGCCGGCGGUGGUGGCGGGCUCUCCCUCCCCGUCCUGCAUGGAUCUUUGUGUGCGAACAGCAGUUUUCUAUGUUUCACCUUUUUAACUCUGUGAUGGAGUCAAGUACUUGAAUCAGACGUGUUGAUGAUAGAAACUAGGCUGAUUGCUGCAGACGUUGAUGUGAGACUAACCUCGGCUCGGUGAGGACAGGACCACGACGGUCCUGAACGUUUGUAUAUUUGAUGUUUUAAUCAGAUUUAUUGUCAUUUGAAUUAAACUGGCAGAGCAGUACAUACAUGUAUUUAAUGAAGUCUGUGUUCAGCACUGUAAACCACAGAUGACUCCAGUGGACCCUUAAAAGGUUAAUCUGGAAGGUUCCUUCUGAGAAAUUAUGAUGAGAAGAAUAAAAAUCACUUUUAAUGAA